UUACAACUGUCGCAACAGGCAACUUGAACUUGAACUUUUAGUGAAACUGUUGACGUUUAAGGUUUAUAUGAUGGUUACCAUCAAUUGGAGACUCUAAAUUGCCCGUAGGUAUGACUGUGAGUGCGAAUGGUUGUUUGUUCCUAUGUGCCCUGCGAUUGGCUGGCAACCAGUUCAGGGUGUACCCCGCCUCCUGCCCGAUGACAGCUGGGAUAGGCUCCAGCACGCCCGCGACACUAGUGAGGGGAAGCGGCUCAGAAAAUGGAUGGAUGGAUGAUGGAUACCGAAGUGUCAAAUCGAGUUCCGCGAAUCAACGUAUUUAUUGAUGAGAUUGCCGUAAGUCAUCUUGUGCGUGAUAUUGAGACUCUUUUCUUGAACUGAGCAUUUUUCCAAGCGAGUCUAGUUCGUCCGCCCGCUCCGCUGCGGCCGCUUGCAGUGAAAUGAAGAAAUGAGAUCCAACCCGUUCUGAGCCGCGCCGACUGCCUCAACCUGCUCGGCGACCAGGAAGCCUGGACGCCCGUGACGAUGAAGGUGAUCCAGCACGGGGCUCGCAAGCACGUCGCCGCGGCUGACCUCCUUCCGCUGCCCGGGCUCCACGCCGGCGCAGCCCCGCUGUCACCGAACGACUCUCCCGAGGAAACGCCGGGCGCCAGGCUGCGGUUCCCCAAGGGCAACAAGGGGGCGAUGGUGAAGGUGGUCCGGCGUCACCCGUCCCCUCAGCCGCCCAGUCUGGAGAGCCUGGAGGCGGCGUGGCGCGGCAGAGCCCCGCCGAGCCCAGAGCAGAGGAGCGCCGGGGGGCCUCCUCGCAGCCGGAAGAAGGCCUUCAAACCCCCCGACGUCAGGACCAUCUUCAGCCCCGGGGAGAAGGACCCCAGGGUGAAGGAGGAGUGCGGGGAGGGCCACAGCUUCGGAGCCGGCGGGGACGGCACCUGGUGUGACGUGUGCUGCAAGUACAUCUUCCGCAGGGGGCUCGCCUGUGCAGGCUGCAAGUACGCGUGUCACGCCGCCUGUCGAAGCCACGUGACCCUCGACUGCCACCCUGCCGCGCCGGCACCGGUGGCAUCACCCGCCACUCAGGACCAGCUCAACAACAAUGGCAACCACAUGCUGCCAACACAUGAUGUGGACCAGGAGAGCAAGCUGCGCACCGAGUUCAGCUGCGAGGAAAUCAGGCAGAAGAUCGAGCGGUACAACACGCUGACCCGAGACCACCUCAAAAUGACCCUGGGUUCCAGCUACGUGUACACGGGCUUCAUCAAGGUCCAGAUGGACCUGAGGAGGCCAGUGACGAUGCGCGGCGGCCCGAGGGCCUCGGCGGCCGCGGGCGAGGCCUUCUACCUGCCGCGGGGAGUCAGCAACACGCUGCACAUCAGCUCGCAAAACACCGUCAGACAGGUGAUUGUGGCCCUGCUGAAUAAAUUCACCGUAGCUGACAACCCGGCAAAGUACGCCCUGUACAAACGAUUCCACCGCGAGGAGCAGGUGUACGUGUGCAAACUGUCGGACGGCGAGCAGCCGCUGUUUCUCCGUCUGGUGGCGGGACCCGACGACGGCGCGCUCGGCUUCGUCCUGCGGGAGCAGCAGAUCGGCGAAGUCUUGUGGGACGCCUUCUCCGUCCCGGAGCUGCGCAACUUCCUGCGCAUCCUGGACAAGGAGGAGGAUGAGCAGAAGGAGGCGCUGCUGCGCCGCUACGACCUCUACCGCCACAGACUGAAGGAGGCGCUGCGGGAGGUCCGAGGAGGAGCCCCUUGAGACUUGAACGGCGCCCCCCGGAGGCCUGGAGGGGGGGGUUUUUUGUUUGAAUUAUUUGCUCAUAUAACGCAAGGCAAUGAAGACGAGCCAAAAAGAAACGUAUGGACUUUUUGGACUGCUCUGCCAUGAACUCUCAUACGACCUAUUUAAUUCCCUCACUACAGUCUGCGCAGAUUUUUAAUCUUUUAAUUUAUACGGGUGGCGCUUUUUAUUUUUAGUUCAGCAGAGGCGGCGAAACAAUCACAACGCAGAGAAGAGGAGAUAAAGAAAUGCAAACAUGAAGAAGUUGAGCUGGGAAGAUGAAGAAGUUGGACUUGAAGGACCGCUCGGGGACGUGGAGGGACCUCGGGACCACUGCGCUUUGUUUUAGUGGAUUCAGGAAGUAGACGACGUGGAACAGAGGAAGUAGAAUGAUGCAAUAGAAGAAGAAUGGAGAGCGGCUGAGGUGGGCUGAUAGCAUUGUGCGAGCGUUAAUUGGAAGCGGCAACGUGCGCCGCUGCGCACCUCUUCUUGGGUGGGAUGGCGGGGAGUCGUGGUGAACGGGGAAGAGAAAUUGCGCACAAAUAUUUGAGAUUUGGGGAUUUUGAGUGAAAUUUCAGUUUGAGCCCAAAAUGCACUUGAACCUUUACAGGUGAAUUUGCAUGUUAAAUUUCAUCGUGGAAUUUGGCAAACCCAUUGUGAGUAGUAUGGAAGCAUGCGGGAAGGAAAGGCUCGUUAUGACCUAAACAAUAGAUGUUGCUGGGUUUCGAAGAGUACACAAAGAUGUUUCUAGUCAAACAGCACCUUCUAGUGGACCAACGCCGCAACUACUCCAAUUUGUGUCUAUUUUUGUCUUCUUUCUUUUUAUCGGGCGAUAUAUAACCAAAGAUUAUUUUGUGGUGUUGCCAGAGGCAAAAAAAAAAAAAAAAAAAUUAGACGCAGAAUAUAUCGAGUAGAGGUUUAUUUAAAUGAGUUCUAUGUCUAUUAAACACUGGCUUUACGUGGAAGCGUAGAACGGACGGAAACAGAACUAAAGAGGGCAUUACGGUCAUUUAAAAUAUUUACAAAGUUGAUAUUGACCAAGCAAAGGAAAAAAAUAGGGCAUUUAGGCAUUUGUUUUAAAAAGAGAGCUGGAAUUUAAUUUGGAGCGUUUUGGCCUUUCUGUGAUUCCGUACUGAAUUCCAAGCGUCUCCAUGGAAACACUUAUCACAUGAACUUGACAUCAGUUGUAUCAACUUAAGACUCGUAUUUAAUUUUCGGGGGCACUUUAAAUGACUUAAAUUCAGGGACGACUGGUUGGUGAUUAUUUUUGUUGUUGUUGGUGGCGAUCUUUUUUUUGUUUUUUUCCCCCCCAACUUCCUCCUGUUGGGAGGCCAUUUUGUUUUUCUUGUUUGAUGGCUUCCGAAGGCGGCCAUUUUUCUGCGUAUACACUGAAUCAGUCAUCAUUUGAGCCUCAUGUCCAUGCAUGAUGUGUUACUAUGGCAACAUGUUAUCCAAAGGCUGAUAUAUGAUCCAUGGUUUUAUUGUUUUGGGACUGGAUAUUCAGCAAGUGUGAGAUGACAGUAGCAGUCGCGCCGCUGUAAUCCAAAUAAUAAUCGAUAUUAGUUUCUAGCUGUAUUCAAAGCCUUGAAGCCAUAUUUAAGGAAGUUAGUCCAUCAGAAAACCUCAGCAGUGCCUUUCAAUCAUUUAAUAGAAUCUGCAGAUAGAAAAUUGUAUUUUUGUUGUAAUGUUCCACUUCCGCAGGAGAAGAGAGCUAUGCAGCUAUUAAAGGUGACAUUUAAAAUAACAAAUAA